AUGCGACCUGAGUUCGUGUCGACGAGUGCGGUUUCACUGGCUGAGAGUGCCCGUCAGCUGAUUAACAUCACUGAGCAACAGAAGAGAGAACGUGCAAAGCUCACACAACAAGGGGGUCCAAUAAAGUAUGACGAAUCAUGGCAGGAAGAUCUGGACACAUGGCGACGAAAGCGAAAAACGAAAGCGGCAAAACAGGAUAGCGUGGACAGUACGAGUGCCGCCAGUGCUAAAGACUAUCGUCCUGUUCCCAAAGAAUAUCACAGUCUACCCGGUUAUGGACGACUUCACAAGGUCAGUUCAUCAACUGUGCAGGAAUCUCUGGGGCUCUUUAUUUUCUCAGUUUCUUCUCCUUGGUGA